AUGUCGGCGGGGGUCGGUUGGGAUCGGGAGGCUGCGUCGCAGAGCGCGCGCGCGUACCCGGCCGCUUCGUCAUUGCGACGGAGGCUGUCGUGUGUCGGCGCUGGUCCGUGCGAGCGCUACUCAGUGAAACCGAUACCGGGACCGGCGAUUGUGGCGCGAUGUAAAGAAGCCGCGACCGUGAAUCCAUGUGCGCAGGGCGGUGAGUGGAGGCGCGCGAGGGCGAGAUGGCCGCUCCGGCCAGCUGAUAGCAUGCGGGCGGCGGCGCGCCGGCCCGCCCCGACU